AUGGCGGACGCACUCGCAGAAAAUGCGGCGAAGCUCCAACUCGAUGAGGAGACAGGCGAGAUGGUCUCGAAAGGAGAACUGAAGAAACGUAUGGCGAAGCGUGCAAAGAAAGCCGCUACAGCCAAGGCCAAGGCAGAAGCUCCAGCUACUACCUCAGCCCUGAAAGCUACCCAAAAGAAGGUGGAAGAACCCAAGACGGUAGAACCAGUCAACAUGUUCGCCCAAGGGUGGCUCGACGACGUGUACAAGGAGAGACCUGUGAAGCCCGUCGUUACUCGAUUCCCCCCGGAGCCGAACGGAUAUCUACAUAUUGGACACGCGAAAGCAAUUGCUAUCAAUUUUGGUUUUGCAAAGUUCCAUGGGGGAGAGUGCUAUCUGCGGUUCGAUGACACCAAUCCGGAGGCAGAGGACGAGAAAUACUUUACUGCAAUCAAGGAGAUUGUGGAAUGGCUGGGCUUCAAGCCAAAGGCCGUGACGUAUUCCAGUGAUAACUUCGACAAGCUGUAUCAAAAGGCGGAAGAGCUCAUAGAAAAGGAGAAGGCAUAUGUGUGCCAUUGUGGCGUCGAGGAGCUUAAGGCCCAAAGAGGAGAAAUAGACGGUAUACCAGGAGGACCUCGAUUUCGGUGCAAACACGCUGAGCAAUCCGUGGAGAAGAACCUCGAAGAGUUUCGGGCGAUGAGAGAUGGCAAAUACAAGCCAAAAGAAGCCUUUCUACGAAUGAAGCAAAAUAUAGAAGACGGAAACCCUCAAAUGUGGGAUUUGCCUGCAUACCGAGUCCUUGACGCCGAACAUCACAGGACCGGCCCAAAGUGGAAAAUCUAUCCUACUUACGACUUCACACAUUGUCUUUGCGACAGCUUCGAAAAUAUCACACACUCCCUCUGUACCACCGAAUUCAUCCAAUCGAGAGUGUCGUACGAAUGGUUGAAUAAGACGUUGGAAGUCUACGAACCAAUGCAACGGGAAUAUGGACGUCUUAGUAUCACGGGUACGAUUUUGUCGAAACGGAAGAUCGCGAAACUGGUCAAUGAAGGUUAUGUUCGAGGCUGGGACGAUCCAAGACUGUUUACUCUCAUCGGUAUUAAGAGAAGAGGUGUCCCUCCUGGUGCAAUUCUUGAGUUUGUCAACGAACUUGGUGUCACGACCGCUCCAACAAAUAUACAACUGGCGAGACUCGAUCAAACUGUACGAAGAUAUCUUGAGACUACGGUUCCACGGCUCAUGUUAGUUCUCGAUCCGUUGCCCGUUGUCAUUGAGGAUGCUGAGGAAUUGGAACUCGAACUUCCUUUCUCGCCAAAGAUCCCCACCAUGGGCAGCCACAAGGUCAAAUUCACGAAGACUGUCUACAUUGAGCGAAGCGAUUUCAGGGAAAUUGACAGCAAAGAAUAUUUCCGUCUUGCGCCUGGAAAAUCGGUCGGGCUGCUUCAAGUACCAUAUCCAAUUCAGGCUGUCUCUUUCAAGAAAGACGGCGACAAGGUUACCGAAGUCCGAGCUGUCUAUGAUAAAGAAGGCAAGAAGCCGAAAGCCUAUAUCCAUUGGGUUGCCGAAGGAUCAAAGAAAGUCGAAGUCCGAAUUCACAACGCUUUGUUCAAGAGCGAGAAACCUGACAAUGCCGAAGGCGGCUUUUUGAACGAUAUUAAUCCCAAUAGCGAAGAGAUUUUCCCACAUGCGAUGAUUGAGUCUGGGUUUGAAGAAGUCAAGAGACGAGCUCCAUGGCCUGAAGCUGCAGGCGAGUCUGAGUUGGGGAAAGGAGGACCUGAAUCCGUUAGAUUUCAAGCAACUCGCGUUGCAUACAUGGCGAUGGACUCGGAUAGUACGGAAGACAAGAUUGUCCUCAAUCGGAUUGUUAGUUUGAAGGAAGAUGCUAGGAAAUAG